AGCAAAUUCAAGACAUGUUGUUGCAUUUCGUCUGCCACUGCUGUGUUGAUCUGAACGAUUCAUCAUCUUCCGAUCCUCAGCCUCUUCUCGCAUCCACGGACUACAUGGUUUAAUCAUCUAGUUUCCCUCCCGAUUGGCGCAUCGAUUGAGCAUGCUGCUGCCGUUGUUCCACAGCUGUCUGGAGCUAUCCCACCUCUACUAAUCCCUCCCUCUUUCCCGCUCUUGACCUUCGAUCCUUUCUCCCGCCUCCUCCACGAAACAAACGCCCUUCCUCCAUUUCUCUUGUCCCCUUUCAGCAAGGACAAUGAGUGCCACACUGCCGAUACGCUCCUCAGAUGAAACGGCUCAUGUGGCCUCGAGUCUGGCCAAACCCAAUGGCUUACCCCGGCUGUCUCCUUCCCCGUCGGUAACCCGCAAACUCUCCUCGGUCUCCCCGAGGAGCUCGCAAACUUCGGGGCGACGUCGCUCUGGAGAACCACCCGCCGCUACUCCAGCAUCGAGCUUAAAACCGCGCAGGCACAAGUCGCAAUAUCCUCGUGAUUCCCCGGAGCGCCAUGUAGAGUUUAUUCUAGUGGCCUCGUUCCACAUCGAUCGGGGUCCGAUCAUGGAACAUCAGUACCCGGCUCCUAUCAGCGGUGAUGAGAGUAUGCUGGCGGAGCUGAUGUUACCCGAUCAGACGCACGUCCGUAGCCAGGAUUGGACCAUAUUUUUUCUGCACAAAGAUACCAGCACGGAAGCGGAGGACGAGGCUAAAAAGAAAAAGAAAAAGAAGAGCGACCCAGCAAAGCAUGGGGAGGAUGACGAAACUAGCGACAGUCUGGAGGAUGGAUCAGGAGAAACCACUGAGGAAGAGCAAAGCAGUGAUGAUGAAGAUGCGGGGGAAGGGCCCCCGCUGAUGUAUGUGCUCAAUUUGGUCAAUACAAAGCAGGACAAUACAGUGAAGCGAGGUGCAGUGGUCAAGGCCAUGGCGAUAUGUACCCGACAUUCCUUCCUUCAUAUAUAUAAACCAAUUCUUCUAUUAGCCCUGGAGGACUACUUUAAAUCGCCAUAUCCGGAAACCCUCGCGUCGCUCUACAAUGCUGUCAACGCUAUGGAUCUUUCCCUGUUACCCAGGCUAUCAAUGCUGGAACGCCAAAUACUACAGGCCAGCAACAGCAAGGAUAUGUUCAUUGAGAAAUUCGAGCAAAUGAUUCAUCAGCGAAUGAUUGAGGACGGGGAGAUACAUGAGGGGGAUGACGAAACCCCCCCGUCGCCCAAAAGGGCCUCUUCCCGCCACGUUCUUCCUCGAGAUACGCACGAGUUUGAGUCCAAGAUUAUUUACCAUGAUAUUCCAAUUCCAGUCAAGGUACCCACCGUGAUCUGGCCUGAGAUUGUGGGUGAUUUCUCCUUAGUUAAGCUCAUCCAGAUCUUCUCCGCGCCACAUGCCACAUCGCCGCAAGCUUUCCCUCUCCAUCCUCACCUCACCAGCAGCGGCGCGUUUACCCACCCGAUCAUCGUCUUGGUGAAUGCCAUGCUGACCCAAAAACGAGUGGUAUUCCUUGGCCACAAUCGCCCAUCGGGAGAAGUUGCUGAGGCGGUGCUGGCGGCGUGCGCGCUGGCAUCCGGAGGAAUCCUGCGCGGAUUCACCCGCCAUGCCUUUCCUUACACUGAUCUAACUAAGAUUGAUGAUCUACUCAAAGUGCCGGGAUUCAUUGCGGGUGUCACCAAUCCUACCUUUGCUAACCACCCCGAGUGGUGGGACGUCCUCUGCGACCUACCAACCGGUCGGAUGAAGAUCAGCAAUCACAUCGAACCUGCUCCAAUUACUGACGGCCUUUUGUAUUUCCAACAACAAGCUUCGUUGGCCAACAGCUCAUCGAGCUCAAACUCCGACCCAAGUGGAGACAACCUGUUUAUGGAAGAUGUGUUACGCAGCAUCACGAACAGGCACGGAGAGAAUGCAAUUAGAGCCAAGUGGCGGGCAUACAUCACCAAAUUCACGAGAGUGGCUGCUGCUUUUGAGGAGACAGUCUACGGCGCAUCGAACCUGUACAUCAUUGGCCCCAAUGAGGAGUUAUACCCAGAGAGCCCCAGUGGCGUGCAGGCGGAUCCCCUUGACCCGACUACUCUCCGCGGACACGGCUACGUCUGGCCGGACGAAUUGGCCAAACAGCGUGAGUUGAUGGCAUCGGUUUCCAGAAUUGAAGGCUGGCGUACCACGCGCUCCUACUACUCAUUCAUCCAAGAUAUUGCAGCCAUGUACUACCCAGCACGGCCCAUUCAAAAGCCUGACCUCCAUCAUCAUCACGAUCGGUUGCGAACCCUAAAGCUUGCCCCGGCCGAUGCUGGGGUUAUCUAUGUAGCCUUCUCGCACGCGAUCAAAGACUACGGAGGGAUCUGCCAGCUUCUCACCGUCACCCCAGAGAACCAAGCCGGUCUCUUCUACCUAGCCAUGGGCCUCUUCCACGCGGACCUAGCCGUCCGCGAAGCCACCGCAGAUCUUCUUGAACGAAUCGCGGUGCAUCCAGCAGGCCGACAUUUCUGGGCGCAGCUGAACCGAUUCGCAAAGGCUGCCUACUUUCGCAUCAAACGGGAUAAGGGCACAGCCUCCAGCCUCAAGUCGGGAAUCGAUAGCCUCGGUGGUCCCCAGAGUCUCCUUGGGGUUGCGAUGGGCGGUGUUCAGUCACAUGGGAGUUAAUCCUCCCCUCCCCUCGUCUUCCUCAGCCUCCUCAUCUUGUUCGUUUUAUUAGACGAAACGCCAUUAUGAUUCCAUAUCUAUAUCUAUUUCUAUUCGUCUUUGAGCGAUGACUGACUAUAUUAUACUCUAUGUCUUUUUUUUUUUUUUUUUCUUUUUUUU